UUUAGUCAUUUGGUCUUCAGACACCAGGCACAGUAUCGCUGAUAACAUGUGGUUCAGAGUGGUCACCUUCUUCAUGGGUUUGGCAGCUCUCGAGGUGCGGGCCCAGUCUAUCGACUCCAUUUCGGGCAACCAGACAGCCCUGGUAGGGGAGGACAUGACUAUGCAGUGCACGGUGUCCGGGAUCAGCAGCACCGAUAAUGUCUUCUGGAAAAAGUCAAGCAGCAUCCUGACCAUUAACAACAUUCCUGCCGUAACCAGCAAAUACACGAUCACUGUCAGCAAUGGCAUCUACAACAUGACCGUCAUUAAUAUGACCACUUCAGACGCUGGCACCUACACAUGCGAAGCAGGCACGGGCUCGCCAGUAACACGCAACACCUACGUUAUAGUUGUUGACGCCCCUACAGCCCUGAACAUGACGUGGAGCACCACGCCCGCAGCCGGAGUCUCCUCCACGCUAUCCUGUUUUGCGGACGAGAGCAAACCCGCCGCUACCCUCAGGCUGUUCCUCGAGGGUUUAGAGGUCACCAGUAGUGCUAACGUCACCUCAGUGGCAGGCACUGGAAGUGGAUACUUCGAUUCCACGUUAGCAUACGACAUGAACCUGACGACAUCCGAUAACGGCAAGACGUUCACGUGUCAGGCUGAUUAUACCGCCAGAACUGCUGCUCUACAGGCAAGCAAGAAGAUAGACUUUGGAGGCGCCGGAACUACGUCACUCCACGUGAGUCUUCUGAUGGUAGUCGUCCUCGUCUGCGUUUUUUCCAAGUAAGAUGGCGACCACCGUUUUGUUGAUGUCAACGGCCAUGUUGAAUGAAUACUGAAGAUGAUGAGCCAAAGAACUAAUGCUACCUCGGUCACUGCGUCGAGUCGGCAACUUACUGUAAAACAAGUUGAAGAGUUCAGAUCUGCAAAAUCUGUCACUCGAUCUCCGAAAAAAUAAAAAAGGUUUUUUAACUCCCCCUCGACAUUGCAUCAAAGAUCUAGAUCUUCAACCGCACCAUAAGAUUUCCGGUCCUGAGGGCAUUAUGAGGCUUUGAUUUCAUGUAUGAAGCUGAUUUUCGGCGGGUGGUUGGUUUUGCCAACCAGUCAGGCAAACAAAAAUCGUGGAUUGGGGUGAUAGCCGAUCUGAUCUUGAUUGAGGGUCUUUGCCUGCUGACUGCAGCUAUACAUAGCUAUUGGCGUCAUGCUAUACUGAUGCUAAUGAAGAACAAUAAACAUUGUUUUGUAAAUUUCAUGAUUAAUUUAUUAAAUGCACAAUGUGUACAUGUAUAAGAUGUAACCAGGAUGUAACAUUGCCUUGUACCAAGAAUUUGUUAAAUACCGACCAUCCAGUUCUCUCUGAGGACAAUGAACAUUUCUAGGUGUGACUAUCUUGAAUGAAAUAAUGCACUUUGGCCAUAGAUUGCACAUAUAAUAGUCAAGAAACGAAUCCACCUGAAUGAUACCAAACAAUUAUUAAAGAAAGAGAGGUAUAAUCUCGGGAUGCUCUGACAGGGGAUGCUCCGAGUCCGGUACGAAAUCUCUCAGCGUAGGUUGAGAUGUCUCGUCCAUAUGUCCAAGGCCCCGUGAAAUUUCAUAUGAACCUUGGGUAAACCAUUCGGAACAUCAUCAAAAACCUUUACCAGACCCAAGACAAUUCGAGGUGGCUGUUGUCCUAUAGAAUAUUCUGUCGGGUGAUGACACGCCAAUCACUCUACAUGUAUUUUGUUACCGGAAAAUGCUCAGAUUUGUAAUCAACACUGUAGUCGAUAUGUAAAUAAAACAAUUCACACUUAAUUUUGAGCUAAGGGAUUUACUUUUGUGUGUUUAAUCUAACCAUAUAGUGUAAGUAACGAAUGCAUGUCCCCAGCCUUAUCAUCAUGAUGCUAUACGACGUAGGCCUAUACAUUUCAUCAUGGGUCGACCUUCUGCGCGUCAUAUCUCUGACUCCGUUAAACUUUUUAUCUUCUUUUGAGGUUUUAAAAGAUCUUUCAAUGUAUUUUUCGGCUAACACGAUGGAGAUGAUAUGCACUCCGCGGAGGUUUUUUGAUAAAAGUACGAAAAUCAAAAAUGUUUUUGAGAUUCCAAGAGUGUGAUCUGUGUUGACAAUAAUUUUCGCUCACCGGGGAGUACGUGGCGCGGUGUAAGUUGGACACCUUUGCGGGUACUUCGCUGUCAUAUUCUGUUCCAUCUAAUUACUGAUUUCCCCUGGGACAAGUGCAAACUCGUCGGAAUAAUCAAAAUUACGUAAAAAAAUAAUGUGAACUUUAGCCAAGUUCAGUCUUCUCAAUAUUCAUCACAUCCAUCUCCGCUGGGACUAAAUACAUUUGUAUUCCCAAAAUUAUCAGUUCGUUAAUGGUGAUAUUUGAAUACUAAACUGGAGCAUAUCACAUGUCGUGACGCAUUUUAAGGCUACUGUGACUAUAGAGGCGAUGAUGACUGUGCUAAUGAAAAUAAUUGUUGCAGGAUGAUUGGUCUGUAGAACCUCACGUUCCGAAAUGGCCAUUUACUAAUUGGCUCAAAUGAAACAGAGAGAUAGUUUAAAGGACGGAUGUUAUAUAGUAGUUGGACUCAUAAGCAGCAACCAUUCGUUCGUGCAUAUUCGUGUGGCAU